ACCAGGAAAGAGCCUCCAACACAUGACACAGGAUAUUUUGUUCCAGAGUCUUUGGGCCAUGCCGACAUGCCGCUGUGUGUCCGAGAUGGUGGGGUUACAGCAGCCCGUGCCACGGAGGACCUAAAAAUAUCCCCCCGCGAGUGCUGCAUCAAAGCCGGGGUCAGCCACGCCGUGAAUCCCGCCCCUGCGUUUAGCCUAAAUAAACGCAAAGGAGGAGCCUGUCCCGCCGGCGCUGCGAAAGAUCCCUGGUAACUACUUCAGCUCGGAAAGGGGGAGUGUGUCGAGUUUCAGCAAGCACGGGAGUGACCGAGCACAGGCAAGUCAGUCUGCAGGAGACUCGGAGCGCGACAGUACGGCACAAGAGAGCUCAGCAGAUGGCAGAGCGGCGAAACGCACCGACUGCGUAGACCUUUGGACAUCUCAACUGGACAUUAGAGACCUCAAUCGGACAUUAGAGACCGAAUUAAAUAGUCGAUAUCAGAAUGCCUCGUGUCAUUUUUAAACUGAAAUCGAAAUUCUAAAGUUGAUCAUCAGGUAGUUGGCCGCGCGCGGAAGACAGCUGUUGCCUGGCCGGUACAGCCUCUCUCCUUAGAAGUUAAAUUACAGUUUUGCUCUCGCCCUCGCUGGUUAUUUCCCCGUUACCGGCCCCUGGAUGUCUGUUGGAGUUUUCUUUUGGAUGCAAUUUUAGCCGAAUAUCUAAAUCAAUAUGGAAGAGGAUCAAAAGUGGAAAGUUUCGCCUCCGUCCGUCGCGGAGAGGACUUGUAGCGAGCAUCCUUGCAAAAAGCGCUUUGGGGGGAAUUGCCGGGACCUGUCCGGUCUUACGGUUUGCGUCGCGCUGACUUUGAUGUGUUUGGGAUUUUGCACUUUGAUUUUUCUGAGGACGUCGGAACUACAGUCCCGGAUCGUCAGUCUGGAGAGCCAAAGAGACGCGCAGCUAUCGGGCUGGAUCGCGCUGGAACAGGUGGAGCCCGUUAUUCUCAGUCGACUGGAUCAGAUUCUGGAGGAGAAGCUCGCUGCGCGCUUGCCCAAGAUCCGAGAAGCCAGAGACGCCCCACAUGACUGCAUCUGCCCACCAGGGUCCGCGCGGUCCAAAGGGAUUGCCGGGUGAACCUGGACCCAAAGGAGAAAAGGGUUUAUGUGGCGAGUAUUCUCACCGGAAGCGUCGCAUCGUCCACAGCUGUGCAGGAGGACAGGCCAGUCAGGGAGAACCAGGCCCUCCAGGCCCUCCCGGCCCUCCUGGUGUCCCAGGACUCAACGGACCCAGCGGCCCUCCGGGCAAACCGGGUGAGCCUGGCAAACCAGGGAAGGACUCGAAGAUGCUGCCAGGACUGAAGGGGGAGCCAGGAGUACCAGGGCUAAAGGGUGACCGUGGCAACGUCGGCCCACUGGGACCUGAAGGCCCUAAAGGUCUGAAGGGUGACAUAGGAGAGAAGGGUGAUAAGGGAGAUAAAGGAGAAGCCAGCGCAGCAGGAAGCGGAAUCAAAGGAGAACCAGGAACUCCAGGAACACCAGGAAACCCGGGCCUCCCAGGUCCAGCAGGACUCAAGGGUGAUAAAGGCGAGCAGGGAAUCAAGGGCGACGUAGGGGCAGCAGGAGCAGAAGGACCUGCUGGACCAAGGGGACCCCAAGGACCUGCUGGAGAGCCAGGCAAAGCUGAAAUCAACAACAAUGAAAAUGAUAUCCGAAAUGUUCCGCUUAUGGGUCCUCCUGGUUUACCGGGCCCUCCAGGGACUCCAGGCAGUAAUGGGAUGAAGGGUGAUAUCGGAUUACCAGGACCUCCAGGACAUGACGGAGAGAAGGGUCCGAGAGGGAAGCCAGGAGAGCAGGGUCCAGCAGGGCCCCUCGGCCCAGAGGGCCCCCGCGGAGAAGGGGGGGUGAUGGGAUAUCCUGGACCCAAAGGGGACAAGGGGGACAUGGGCCUGUCAGGGUCACCCGGAUUAGACGGCCCUACGGGAGAAAAGGGGGCAGCUGGACCCCCAGGUCCCAUUGGACUGCCAGGCGCAAUGGGCCAGAAAGGAGAUGCUGGAGACAAAGGAGGAGUUCCUGAUAUGGUCUAUGGGCCCCCAGGACCUCCAGGGGCACAAGGGCCAGUUGGCCCCAUGGGGCCUCAGGGCCACUCUGGGCCGAAGGGCGAGCCGGGCAUUGGUAUGCGUGGGGAGAAGGGAGCCACAGGCCUGAAGGGAGACAAAGGCGACAGGGGUCAUCUAGGACUGCCUGGGGCUCACGGGUUAGAUGGCAAGCCUGGUCCAGUGGGCCUGAUAGGGCCAGCAGGGGCCUCUGGGCCAGCAGGACCAAAGGGAGAAAUGGGAGAUAAAGGAGACACAGGAGUGGCUGGACCAAUCGGGCCUCAAGGCAUCCCUGGUUUAGUUGGACCACCUGGGCUGAAAGGCACACGGUCUCCCCUCCUCUGA